UUAACAUAUAGAACGUGACAUCAUAGUUUGCUAGAUCCAUUUUUAUACUCCAAUAAAAUCAUGAACCUAAUCCUGCAAUAAAUGCGGCGGUUUAUUGAUCGUCUUACUAUCUGUUUUUAGGUUAUAUAUAUUUUUUAAACAAUCCUGCUGAAAAGUAUUAUAAUUUUUUUGUGUAUUGAAAAUCAAUCGGUAGUCAGUGAAGUGUACAGGGUGUACAGUUUUGUGAGAUCAUGGAGAAAAAAAAACCAGAAAAUGAAGUCGUCGACAAGAAAUUUGCGGAAAACACUAGCAUUAUUAGCAUUUUGUUUAGUGCCGUGAAAAAGGCCUCAGUCGUAGGAGUCGUAUACUUGGCAGGCUAUAUGCAAUGGUCUGUAGCCUGGUUCAUAGGACCUGUAGUUCUUUUUGUUAUUAGAGAUCAAUGGAAAAAGACCAGCGACAGAAAAAGAGCUAUUGCUAAAGCGACUGCUUUAUGCAGUGAACAGGAAGUAGUUUUGGCCAGACUUGAUGAUCUACCGGCAUGGGUUUUCUUCCCUGAUAUAGAACGAGCUGAGUGGAUAAAUAGAAUAAUUAAACAAGUAUGGCCCAAUGUUAACCAAUAUGUUCGCGAACUCGUUAGAGAUGUUAUUCAGCCAGCUUUAAGGGAAAGUUUGGAGAAAUACAAAUUAACUGGCUUUAAAUUCGAACGAAUUAUUUUGGGUACUGUGCCUUUCCGAAUAGGAGGAGUCAAAGUAUAUGACAAAAACACUGAUCGAAAUGAAAUAGUUAUGGAUCUAGAUAUCUUCUACGCAGGAGAUUGUGAUAUCACCUUCCACCUUAAAGGUAUGAAAGGAGGAAUCCGAGAUUUUCAAUUGCAUGGUAUGCUAAGGGUAGUUAUGAAACCACUUAUUACUUCCAUACCUUUGAUAGGAGGACUGCAGGUGUUCUUUUUGAAUAAUCCGGACAUUGAUUUUGAUUUAGUAGGAAUCGCUGAUGUACUAGACAUGCCUGGCCUAAGUGAUAUCUUGCGAAGGAUUGUUGUCGAAACGGUGGCUUCUAUGAUGGUUUUACCUAAUAAAUUUCCAAUAAAACUUAGUGAAGAAGUCGAGGCUGUUGAAUUGAAGGCUCCAGAACCAGAGGGAGUGCUAAGAGUACACGUUUUCGAAGCUAGCCAUCUGAUGAAGAAGGACAUCAGUGUCCUCGGCAAAGGCAAAUCUGAUCCUUAUGCCGUCGUCACUGUUGGAGCGCAAGAGUUUAAAACAAAAGUCAUUGACAAUACUGUUGAUCCCAAAUGGGAUUUCUGGUGCGAGUUUCAAAUACUGGAAUCAAAUGGACAACAACUUUAUGUACACAUUUGGGACAAAGAUGAUACGGGUGGUGAUGAAAACUUAGGAAGGGCUACUAUUGAAGUUUCUAAUAUAGUAAAGAAAGGUCAUGAUGAUAUGUGGGUUACUUUAGAACAAGCAAAACACGGAAUGGUACAUCUUAGAUUUACAUGGCACACUCUCAGCAAACAAUAUUCAGAUCUAGAUGCCACUUUGACUGAAACACAAAUGCUGAGAAACUCAAACUUACACACAGCUCUAGUUACUUUAUUUUUGGAUUCCUGUAAGAAUUUACCUCAAGCUAGAAUGUCAACGAAACCAGAUCCAUAUGCCAUUGUAAGAGUAGGAAACGAUUCCCAACAAACAAAAGUUUUAAUGAGGACGGUCCACCCUGUAUGGGAGCAAGGUUUCACGUUCCUGGUUACCAAUCCAGAAAACGAUACACUAUUUCUAAGCAUAAUGGAUCACAAGACAUCCUCCGAAAUAGGCCAGCUUCACUUUAAGAUCAAAACAUUGGCUACUAAACCUAAUAUGGUGAUGAGCAAAGAACCAUUUUCGUUGAUAAGAUCUGGACCUGAGAGUAAAGUUAUCUGGUCAAUGCAUCUUAGGAUCCUGAAACAAGCCGAAGCUACAGCUACAGAAGACGCACAACUUGAUAAUACAGACAGGUUUAAAAGAAGUAUUUCCAACAUUUCGAAAUCUUCUGUAGAAAGCUCAAAUGCCGUUUUGACGAAAUCAAAAGAAAAUCUGGAUGAAAUUGAACCAGUUAUAGAUCAAGAUCAAGAAGCACCAGUUGAAGAGAUUUUAGAAGAUUCUUCAUUAAAUCCCCUUGGUGCUGCGCAACCAUUAGAUGGCUCAGAGCUUCUCUAUCAUAGAACGCCAAGCAUAACAUCUUCCGCUGGUGAAGCCGGUCUUGGUCGCAUUCAACUUACACUUCGCUACAGUGUCCAAAGACAACGACUUAUUGUUGUGGUCCAUAAAAUCAUGAAUAUACCUCUUAAAGAUCCCUCGAAUAUACCCGAUCCAUACGUUAAACUGUAUCUCUUGCCAGAAAGAGCUCGUGACACAAAGAGAAAAACUCAGGUAAUCAAAGAUAACGUAAAUCCUACCUUUGAUGAAAGUUUCGAAUAUGUUAUUAACCAAGGAGAAGUAGGAUCAAAACAGCUGGAAGUUACAGCCUGUACACAAAAACAAUUGAUUUACUCUAGCAGCAACGUUUUAGGACAGAUUAUCAUAGAUCUUGGAAAAUUAAAUCUAACUCAACCUUACACUUCUUGGUUUGAUCUACAGCAUGGAUAACAUGGAGAUUAAUCUUGUGAUAACUUUUAAGCUUUUUAUGUUUAAUUAUAUAGUUUUUUUUCUUAAAUGUUGUGCACCUAUUCAGGUUUAUGUUUAAUUUAAAUGUCUAUCUCAUCAAGUAUUCUUAUUUUUGAUUUGUUUUUAAACUUCUCUUUAAAAAAAAAGAUAUAAAUCACAAGUUUUAUAUUUGACUGAUUUUAGAGAUAUGUAGAACAAGUUUACCGGUCAAUUUAAAUAUCUUUUUAUUUUAUUGACUUAAAUUUUAUACUUAUUUUACAUAAUUAUGCUUCAAACGAUGGCAUUGUUAGACAAUACUCAAAAGGAGUUCAAACUGCCAAUUACAAAAUUUAAUAAAAUAUUGUCCUAAUUCUGUAUGACCUCCUUCAACUAUUUCCAGAUAAUAUGCCUGUAUUUUAUAAAGCUUUACUGUUUUUAGCAUAACUUAAUCAAUAAAAAUUACUGUACUUACUUAUUACAUUUAAAAAAAAUGUUUAUAUAUUACAAGCUUUUCUGAAGUCUAUUUUCAUAAAUUGUAUUGUUAAAACAUUUUUAUGUGAAUAUAACCUUGAAGUUGUUUAAUAAUUCAAUAAAAAAUUUG